AUGAAAUUCAGUAGAUUGGCAUUGGCCAGUCUGGCUUCUCUGGCCACUGCUACCAAGACAGCACCCAAAUCACUCGACACCUCAAAUCCCGACUCCAUCAGGGAUGUUGCAGGAACAUUGGCCUUCGAUGCCAUGUCCUACUACAGAGGAAACACAUCUUCAGUCCCCAAAGAUUUGGGAGAUCUUCAAGACCCUUACUACUGGUGGGUAGCCGGUGCUCUCUGGGGCAUCAUGCUCGACUACUACCACCUCACCGGAGAUUACUCAUACAACGAUGUCAUAAUCGAAGCUCUCUUGGGUCCUACCAAUCUCGGAAAGGGCCACAACUACAUGCCUGUUGAGCAUGCCGACGAGGAGGGCAACGACGACCUCUUCUUCUGGGGCAACGCUGUCUUGUCAGCUGCUGAGCGAAACUUUCCUCAACCCAACAAGGACCUGCCGUCUUGGCUCGAUAUUUCCAUCAAUGUCUUCGAUCAGCUUGUUAGUCGCUGGGACGCAACAAAGUGUAACGGUGGCCUUCUGUGGCAGAUCUACCCCAACAACCCUAACGGCAUGACAUACAAGAACUCAGUCAGCAACGGCGGUUUCUUCCAGCUCGCUGCCCGUCUCGGUCGUAUCACGGGCGAUGCCAAAUAUCUCGACUGGGCCGUCAAGAUCUGGGACUGGUCGUGGGAAGUUGGUUUCAUAGAUCAACGCAACUACCACGUUUACGACGGCACUGAUACCAAGGACAACUGUCAGAAGACUGUCUACCACUCUUUUACUUACACUCAGGGCAUCUACCUCUACGGAGCUGCUGUUAUGGCAAACUACACCGAAAAGCCAGAGUGGGCUGAGCGCAGCAGGAAUUUGCUCAAAGGCACCGACUGGUUCUUUGCGCCGUUUGGAAACGUCACCAAUGUCAUGUACGAAGCCGCCUGCGAGACCGUCAUGAGUUGCACAGCAGACAUGGAAACCUUCAAGGGUUACCUGUCACGCUUCAUGUACCUCUCCGUCCAGAUGCAACCUGACCUCAAGGCUCACGUCCAUGACCACCUUUUGCCUAGUGCCAAGGCUGCUGUCCAGACCUGCACUGGUGGUAAGACAGGCCGUGAGUGCGGUCAGCGCUGGUAUGUUGAAGGUUAUGAUGGAAACCCUGGCCUCGGUCAGCAAAUGUGCGCCCUCGAAAUUGUCCAAGGGUUGUUGUUGGAUCAAGCGCCUGCACCGCUGAAGGGCGAUGAUAUCAAGGUUAUUCGUAGCACGGACUGGGCUGCCAUGGACGUUCACGAGUCCAAGAUUAAGAGCACCCCAUCGUCUUCCAAUACCGCCGAGACGGCGUCAGCAACGUCUGGCUCGCCCCCCAAGCCUACAAAGAGCGAGGAUGCGGCCGGUUCGUACCGGGCUGAUCUCGUCCUUGCAUCGUUCAGUAUUGUAACUGUCCUCACUUUCCUGGGACUGGCCUAG